UUGAUAAAAAGUGGGCGCGGAGGUAGGCCCUCUCUCAUUCGAAUCAAAACUCAGCGCCUCCCCAACGCCCUCCAUUCCUAUUCAUUCCCGCUGUUUUGUGGCAGCCCUCUUUUUUCUUUCCCUCUUGCAAACAAAUACGUUAAUUUUGGUUCCCAUUAUGUCUACUACUACUGCCAGUGAAGACCUGGAUCUUAACUUAUCAUUAGCAAAUCCACUUCAUAUAGUGAAGUCUUCUUCUUCUUCGCCUUCAGCUAUUGUUGCUGCUGCUGCCAGCUCACCUUAUCGGAGCCGUCGGCCUUUGUUCUCUAAUAUCUCCGUUUCCGGCAAUCCGUGUCCCUCUUCUACAUUCGUUUUUUCUCCGAAAAAUGAAACUGAACAGUCUAAGGAUUGCAGUUGUGCAUAUGGAGUUAGUAAGAGGAUUCUGGCAGCCAACUAUUCUCCCCUUAAACCAGCUGCUAGUGCACGUACUAAACAAUCCAGUAAAGGAAAGGCUUCUAGAGAUGCCAUAUCAGCUGCUAAAGGAACAAAUGCAGAUCAACUUGAUAACCUGAAUUUAGGUGGCAAUUAUCGGUAUGACAACUCUUUGGGCUUGUUGACAAAGAAGUUCAUUAGUUUGCUUCAGGAGGCUGAAGAUGGAACCCUUGAUUUGAACCAUUCUGCAGAUGUUUUGGAGGUGGCAAAGAGGAGAAUUUAUGACAUCACAAAUGUCCUUGAGGGAAUUGGAUUGAUUGAGAAAACUACAAAGAGUCGUAUACGUUGGAAAGGGUUUCGGUCACCCAGAUCUCGAGGGCUGGAUAAUCAAGUAUCUACACUAAAGGGAGAAAUUGAAUAUCUAAAUGCAGAGGAUUGCCGACUUGAUAACUGCAUAAGGGAAAAACUCGAGCAAAUAAGGACCCUGGAAUCUGAUAUGAAUUGCCAGAAGAGCCUCUUUCUGACUGAGGAAGAUAUCAUGAGCUUGCCUCAUUUCAGGGAUAAAACUGUUAUUGCUAUAAAAGCUCCAUAUGCUAGUUCUAUUGAAGUUCCUGAUCCAUGUGAGGAGCUGGAUUUCUCAGAGAGGCAGUAUAGGCAGUAUAGGCUUGUUCUUAGAAGCACAACCGGGCCGAUAGAUUUGUUUCUCUUGAGCAAACAGGCUAGGCAGCAUGAGGACAUAUCCAGAAAACAUGAGAAGCCCUUGGAUGAAUUGGAAAAGAUGGAUGAUGCUUACCUAUCCCCAGUACGUCCUUGCUCUUUAAAUUCGACGGCCUCAAAGCUCUCGGGUGUUCACAAAAUAGUACCUUCUCAUAACAGUAUAGAUGAUGAUUACUGGUUGCGCUCGGAGGAGGAGGUCAGCGCUACUGAUCUAUGGGGCAUUGAAUAAUCUUAAAAAUGGAGUGGCCUGGUUAACAACUCCAUAGAUGGAUUCCAGAAGAUACACAGAAAUAAGGCUUCUAAGAGACAUGUACAUAUCUUUAAAAAGCAAAAAAACCUUCACCUACCUCUAGCCAGAUUAUAGUAGCAAAUAACUGGGUUUCAGGGAAAACCCUGCAACUUGGCUCAUAAUUAUGCUGAUUUAUAUCAGUAUGGUUCACAGAAAUACCAGUCUUAAGAUUAACCAAUGUUGGGACUUGGGACUAAGCUUAAAUAUCAGUUCAUUGAACAAUUUUGGUUGGCAGUUAUUUCAUUGUUGCUUAAGGCGAAAAAUUUAAAUUUAUUGAAGUGAACUGUUAUAUUUACAAAA